AACCGCCUGCGUUGUUCAAGUUUCCUUGGGGUAUCAUUUGAGUGUUACGCUAGCAAAUCAGUUGUCGAAAUUAGCUUGAAUGCUAAGUCAUUACAAGUUUUAACACUUAUUGAAUGCCUUAAGACUUUUUACUUUAGUAUUUGACGGCAGUAGGGCUUAGUUUGUGUCUGACUUGACGAGUUAACCGUGACACCAAAGGAGAAAACAAUGGCGCUAAGAUAUUUUCGUAAACUUGCACCAGUUUUAGCGCGAACCUGCAGAGGUCAAAUUAAUGGACGGUCGUUAAAUGCCUGUUUAUCACAGGUGCCUUUCUACAGUACUGCAGCAGGAGGUGAAAACACAGGAACAGCUGCAGGACAGACUGUGGUCACAGAGCGCAGGGGGUGCGUUGUUACUGUGGGGAUAAACCGCCCAGAGAUGCGCAAUGCGGUUAACCAGGAGACGGCAAGGCGUCUGCUUGAAGAGUUGGAGGCCUUCGACUGUGAUACCGACUUAAAUGUGGCUGUCCUGCAUGGAACAGGAGGGAAUUUCUGUGCUGGUUAUGAUCUCAAAGAGCUGGCCAAUCACACCGCCUCCCUCAAAUUGGAGCAAGAUGUCACCAAGGGUCCUGGUCCGUUGGGUCCGUCCCGUCUGGAGCUCUCAAAGCCGCUGAUAGCAGCAGUCAGUGGUUUUGCUGUGGCUGGGGGGCUGGAGCUGGCUCUGCUGGCUGAUCUAAGAGUGGUGGAGGAGAGCGCAGUUAUGGGGGUGUUUUGUCGCAGGUUCGGAGUUCCCUUGAUUGAUGGGGGCACUGUACGGCUCCCUCAUCUCAUCGGCCUUUCUCGAGCCCUCGACUUGAUCCUGACUGGACGACCCAUCGGUGCACAGGAGGCUCUUUCCUACGGACUGGCUAAUAGAGUUGUCCCUGAUGGCCAAGCUUUGGCAGUAGCCCUUCAGUUAGCAGAGGAGAUUAGCUCCUUCCCUCAGCAGUGCCUGCGAGCUGAUCGCUCCUCAGCCUUAUACAGCAGCUACGGUGCCCCAUCCUUUUUAAAGGCCAUGCAGUACGAAAUGGAUCACGGAUUUCCCGUCAUCUCAGCAGAGUCUGUUGCUGGAGCAGCGAGAUUCACCGCAGGAGCAGGAAGAGGAGGAAAAUUCUCAUAAUAUUUUCUUUGCAGCAGACUUUUGAUUUUUAGGUGAUCACACACAUCUUGCUACAUCCAAUUAUUGUCAUGCUUUUGGUGUAACGGUGCACAAAAACUCUGGUUUGGUAACGUUUUCUAUUUGAACUCAUGGUUUGGUAUGCAAUGCAUAGUUUGCAGUGUGGUCCACUUUUGGCAUCCUAAAUAAUUAUAAAAUAUCAUCAAACUGCAGACGUGGCUCCAACUUUUCCUGCCUACUCAAACAUUGAGAGGCUAACAUCAGGCUGUAAAAUGAGAAUGAGUUCAACAUCUGCUACUUCUAUGAGUAAGACUACUGAGGCUUUACUUAUUAUCAGUGCAUCAUUAGAAAGUAUGCAAUUCAGUCUGUUAGAUCUAUUUUAUAUUUUGGACAAAAAAAUCACCUCCAAACAUCUUUUAGUGGAGAUUCUCACCAAAAAUGGAAUUCUACUUUGCAGAAUUUUUCACUUAAACACAUCAUGAUGAUAAUGAGACACUUACUUUAUUUGUAGCUUUCAGUCACAUGACCAUGCAGAGGUCUUUAGGAGACAAAAAUGUUGGACAGUGGCAGCUACCACUGAACACCAUGUGGUGCUGGGGCAGCAUGCAUUUUAUUCUCCAUGUUUUCAAAAUAUCUGCAUCACCUGACAACCACAGAAAAAUAGUGAUGUUAAGCAGCAGUUACACCUACCUCCUUUAGACCCAUUAGGAGGUAGGUGUAAUAUUUAAAUUCCGACUGAAGCCUACAUUGAAUCUAUUUAAGCUGGCACAAGAUCUUAAAUGUCAGUAGGACUUAAACACCAUCAUAAAUAAGAACUUGUGUUCAAACUAGGCUACAUUUGAAGUAACACACAACUGGUGCAGCUCUAGUGUACUGGAACAGGUUGGAUAAAUAUGUGCACCUCUACACCCCUAUACCCCAUAAGAGUAUUUUUUUAUAUGGUUGCUGUCAGUCCUCUCCUAGCGCCAUAUUUCAGGCACUGCUGAGGUCAGAGCUGUUUUUAAACAAGGGCGGUUUGGACUCUGAUGAUUGGCAGAGGAUGGGAUGCCUCAUCAAGGAUAGAUUAGCUUUUACUGGUUCAUUAAAUUACUAUCUUUAAGCAAAAUGAGGUUAAACCAAUCUGGCUGAACCAAAUAUUCGUGAUUGAUAAAAUGAUUCUUCACUUUAAAUUUAACAGUUUUCAAUGCAAAUGGAAGGCAAAACAUUUUAAGGCACAGUGUGUACUAUUUAGCCUUUAGCGGAGCAAACUUAGUAAAAAUAAAACACAAUAUUCAUUAGUAGGCCUGUCUAAAUCAGAAUUUCACUGCAUGAAUAUACAAUUAUUUUAUUGUAAUUAACUUGCCACUAGAAGUCUGUAUGCAGUCUAGAAUCUGACAUUUAGAUGUCGCUAGUAUUCCAGCUUUUACAAACUCCACCUUAAAAAUGUCUUUGUUGAAGGUGCAGUGUGUCAAUUACAAAUGCAGGUUUGGUGUCAUAAGCACCAAAGGUGCAGUGUCUCGCCGUUGUCAUUGAGUAAGAGUUUAAACAGUUAAUUGCUGUGAUUUAAUGUCUGUUUGUGUGCAUCUUCACGUGUCUGUGACACCGUUACCAUUGCAGUCUGCUGUAAUUACUGCAGACGAUUCAGCACUUGGUGUCAGAUCCGAGCCAGGUGUAAGCAUUCCUACGGUUUUGGAGCUGGUUCCCCUUAAUUUUGUGUUGUGGAGAGAUGUAUAUGUCUCUUUCAUGGUGGAGCACACAACACAAACAUUUUUCUCUUGUGUUUGAAUUUGUCUGAAUGCUUUCAUGACCUUUAAAGUGCUCUUUAAUAAAAAUGCCAGAGAGAGGAGAAGUAAAACCAAGAUCUAUGAUGGUGUGAGUUAAAGAGAGAUACAAAGAGCUCAUUAGGGUUAGGAGGUGUCCUGUCUAGACAGUGUGAUGACAGGACGCAGAGCCUCUGUUUAAUGUUUCCUCCUCCUACUGCUCCCAAUUCACCCGGCAUACACUCACUCACAGUUCACCUGCUCUUCCUCUGAUUCACACAAACCAGCGUUAAUUCUAGCAGCUCCUCUAGGUUUAGUUUGAGUUUAUAGAAAUCAUCUUAACCCAGUGAGAUUUUAGUCUAGAUGUAGUCAACAAAACUUAAAAUGUCUGCCCAGAACUUACUAUCAAAAUGCUUCAGUCUUAAAACAACUUAAAUAGCCAAUCUUUAUAAGUAAUUUUAUUCAUGCCGUUUAAAAAAAAAAAAAAAAAGAUUAAAGAUAAACAUGUAGUGACAGACCUUGAAUGAAGGACUAUGCUUUUUGUGGAGUACUUCAUUUAUCUGUCAUUAAUUCAGACGCUUUACAACGACACUUGAAAUUUAGCUCCCAUUUCUCCCAGUGGUUGCUGAGAUGGUGUUGGACUGAGUCUAAAACAAAAGUAUCUCCUUGUGUUCGGUGGUGGUAUGCACUGCUUUGAUGCUGCUCCUCACUCUUCACGUGCAGAUAAGAUAGGCUCAGCAGUAGCAGCAGUAGCAGAGACUUAGAGAUAUGGACACCUUUGGCUCUUAUCACCAGGACCAUCGCAGUCUGACGGGACCAUGAAGACAUAACACAGGUAUGGGUGAAAGGAAUGAUGGGGGGAGAGGAGGGAGAGAGGGAAAUGAGGAUUUUAAAGAAUUCCUUAUCUGUCCAUGUGAAGCUUCAGCUGGUCUCUGCACUCUUUACAGCAGGUAUUCCACUAACUGGGGUCAUUUAUUUACUUGUGACAAAAGAGGUGACCAUCAUGCAGCUGAUUAAAAUUCGAAACUCUGACGUUUUAGAAGGUUAUAAAGACACCAGCGAACUUCUCUUUAGGAGAGACUGGGAGCAAUUUGAACCCGAUCUUCCUACAAGAAACAAGCUCGAGUUAUAACAUUUAUUUCAGGGUCAGACUACAUGUUUAACCACAAUUAUAGCCAGAUCCAGCAGUUUUGGGGCAGACAGACAGACGUGCCAGACAGACAGAAGUCAUACGCCCAGCUGUGAUCAGCUGACUACCAACGAAUUCCAAUGAUCACCUCCCAGCUCCCACA